ACCUCAUGCCCACCCUUUCCAAGGUUUUUUGCCUUGGCGCUUUUCCAAAUCAAUUUUUAUUCCCUUCCUCUCUUUUCAAUUUCCAUCCCCUGGAUAUUUGGAGCCAAGCCCCGCCACCGCUGCCUCUAGUUAAAUAACAUUUGUUAUACAUAUAUUAGUAUGUGUUUAAAUUUUUAACCGGUUCUUUAUUCGUUAUUUUUUUUGUAUUAGGAUUCUUUAUUCGAUGUUAGUUUGCAAACCUGAAACCUUGAGUCCUGCGCAGCUCAAGUUUGUUUCCCCGCAAUCCUCCAUUGGAUUUGGUUCUCCAGUGGAUUUGUUUUUAGGGGGUUUCCCAGACCCAAUUGGUUUUCGCUCUCUCGCACUAUAAAUUCGAAGAGUGGAAGCACAAGUUUUGUUUGUUCGUUUGUUUUCUUAUUCCGAAUAAGAAAAAUUGAAACUUGCGAAUUUUACAGGUUUCCGUUUCUCUGAUUGCUUCAAUUAGGGUUUCGCAUCGAAGUUUAGGGUUUAUACAUAGUCACCGACCCAAGCAGGGGUCGUGUCACAGGAUCUUUUUAUUCAAUUUUGAAGUGUAUAUAAUCAGAAUCUUAAAAGUUCGAUUCAAACUUUUGCUAUCUGAUCUGAAAUUAGGGUUUGGCUCGUUGGGUGUUGAGGAAAUUCAUUGCAAGCGAAUGCUUGGAGGAUGACUUUAAAAAAGAAAAAAACUAUGAAAGUCGAAAUGCCUAAUCUGAAGCGGUGUAAGAUGGGAGAUCCUUGCAGUGAAUACGAGGACGACUGCGAGUGUUUGCUGAUCCCAAAGAAACGAAAAACCAACGGAUACGAUUCAUGUUCAAUUGGAAUGUGCAGUGAAGUUGAUGAUUUUAGCAGUGGUUCCGGUUCUUGCGUCGGCGAGAGAUCCUAUUGCGCUAGUGAGGUACAAUCCGACUCAAAGAAAUGGAAGAAUCGGAGCAUAGAGAGGUCUAGGCCGCCAGUAUUGAGAACUUCGCGGGGGCGAGUCCAGGUGCUUCCGUCGAGGUUUAAUGACUCGAUUAUUUAUAUGUCAAAGAAUGGGCAAUGCAGACCUGAUGACACUGAUUCGAGCUUUGAGGAUGAUGAAUUUUUAGAAGAUAGAGAGGAUUUUGAUCUUAAGAGAUGUAAAUAUAGUAAAACGGAAUUUGUAAAGGAUAAGUUUGGAUUUAGGAGUUCUAAUUCCUAUCCUUUUUGUAAACCGGAAGGAAAUAGGGAAGUAGGCACUGCAGGGUUCAAGAGUUUUGGUUAUAAAAACUGUUAUGCAAAUAAUUUGAGGUCGCAUAGUUCAUUGAUAGACAGUGAGGAGUAUGCUUCCAGAUUUGGAUAUACGAGUUUGGAUAAAUUGAGAAGAGAAGGUGCUGGGAAGAGAAAGGAUGUUUACAAGCCGGAAGACUUUGCUUUGGGAGAUUUAGUUUGGGCAAAAUGUGGCAAGAGAUAUCCAUGGUGGCCUGCCAUUGUGAUCAAUCCCACAUUGCAAGCUCCUGAAGCUGUUCUCAGUUGUUGUAUUCGCGGCGCUCUUUGUGUGAUGUUUUAUGGGUAUUCUAAAAGCGGAACACGAAGGGACUAUGCCUGGGUGAAACAAGGGAUGAUAUUUCCUUUUGCGGAAUUCAUGGAUAGAUUUCAGGGUCAGGCCCAAUUGCACAAUUGCAAGAUGAGUGACUUUCAGAUGGCAUUAGAAGAGGCAAUUUUAGCUGAAAGUGGUUUCCUGGACACUAGGAGUGGUGCUGGACAUAGUGCACAUCCAGAAACUCACCACAGUGGGUUCCAAGAGGCCUGUAGUUCCAGUCAAGAUGGAGACAAUGCUCAAUACCAGGAUGCAUGUUACAAGGAUAUGAGGCGUUGUGGCGGUUGUAACCUAAUCUUGCCCUGCAAAACUAUCAAGAAAAGGAAGGCGUCAAUAUUGCAAACAGAGCUUAUAUGUAAACAUUGCGCUAAGUUAAGAAAAUCAAAACAAUGUUGUGGCAUAUGCAACAAGAUUUGGCACCAUUCAGAUGGUGGGAACUGGGUAUGUUGCGAUGGUUGUAAUGUUUGGGUGCAUGCUGAGUGUGUCAAUAUUUCCCACAAACUAUUCAAGAAUCUGGCAAAAAAUGAAUAUUAUUGUCCUGAUUGCAAAGUAAAGUUUCAAUUCACACCAUCGGCUUUAGAAAGGAGGAUGCCACCAGCCAAGUCUAAAGUAAACAAUGGACAAGCUAUGCCACCUGAUGAAGUAACUGUGGUGUGCAAUGGGAUGGAAGGAACAUAUAUUCCAAGACUUCAUUUAAUUGUGUGCAAGUGUGGUUCAUGUGGGCCACGGAAGCAAACACCCAGUGAAUGGGAAAGGCACACCGGGUGCAGAGCUAAAAAGUGGAAGUGCAGUGUGAAAGUGAAGGAUACAAUGUUACCGUUGGAAAAAUGGAUUGCCGAAUAUAAUGCACAUGAUGUAUAUCCUGUGAAAUUAGAUAAGCUGAGGCUAUGUUCUUUCCUGCAGGAAAAGUAUGAGCCUGUGUAUGCAAAAUGGACAACAGAAAGAUGUGCUGUUUGUAGAUGGGUUGAAGACUGGGAUGUUAACAAAAUUAUAAUCUGCAACAGGUGUCAAAUUGCUGUCCACCAAGAAUGCUAUGGAGCAAGGAACAUUGAAGAUCUUACUUCAUGGGUGUGCAGAGCAUGUGAAACUCCUGAUAUUGAGAGGGAGUGCUGUCUUUGUCCCCUAAAAGGAGGUGCGUUAAAGCCAAGUGAUAUUGAGAUGCUGUGGGUUCAUGUCACAUGUGCCUGGUUUCGACCUGAAGUUGGUUUCUUAAAUCAUGAAAAAAUGGAACCUGCCACUGGAAUCCUUAGAAUUCCAUCAACUACAUUUUUGAAGAAUUGUGUUAUCUGCAAUCAGACUCACGGUUCCUGCAUCCAGUGUUGCAAGUGUGCCACCUAUUUUCAUGCAAUGUGUGCAUCAAGAGCAGGAUAUUACAUGGAGUUGCACUGCGUGGAGAAGAAUGGGAUCCAAGUUAUAAAGAAGUUAGUAUACUGUGCUGUUCACAGGACACCAAGUCCAGAUUCUGUAGUAGUUGUACGUACUGCUUCAGGGGUUUUUGAUGCCAGAAGCUUGCUUCAGAAUCAGAACCAGAAUGAAUGUUUCAGUGGUUCAAGGUUGGUUUCAUCUAGGGGAAUGGAACUUCCUGAACCCUGUACCUCAGAGACUAACAAGGAGCCUCUCUCUGCUGCCAGAUGCUGUGCUUUUAAAAGAUCAUACAAUAAGAGGGCUGAAAAGGAGCCAAUAUUCCACCUACUGAUGGGACCAAGACAUCAUUCUUUAGAUGAAAUAAGUAGCUUGAGCACCUAUAAGGAAAUGGAAGGUUCCACUGUCUUCUCUUCAUUUAAGGAACGGCUCUACCAUUUGCAAAAAACUGAAAGUCAUCGAGUUUGUUUUGGUAAAUCUGGCAUACAUGGAUGGGGCCUAUUUGCAUGCCGAAACAUUCAAGAGGGAGAAAUGAUCAUUGAGUAUCGUGGUGAGCAGGUGAGGCGGAGUGUUGCAGAUCUUAGGGAGGCACAAUACCGUUUACAAGGCAAAGAUUGCUAUCUGUUUAAGAUCAGUGAGGAAGUAGUUAUUGAUGCCACCAAUAAGGGGAAUAUAGCACGCAUGAUCAAUCAUUCGUGUAUGCCCAACUGCUAUGCAAGGAUAAUGAGUGUUGGCGAUGUGGAGAACCGUAUAGUUCUUAUUGCUAAAACCAAUGUCUCUGGAGGGGAUGAGCUAACGUAUGAUUACUUGUUUGAUCCAGAUGAGCAUGAUGAAUUGAAGGUCCCUUGUCUAUGCGGAGCGCCCAACUGUAGGAAGUUCAUGAAUUAGGUUGCACAUCCUGUAUAUCUUAUUGCGUCUCCAUCAAAGCACCAGAUCCAUCUCCUAACCCAUGAGGAAACCUCAUUUUUUUAAAAGAAACCAAUUUUGAAUAGAUUUUUCUUUUCUUUUUCUUCGUUUCCUCCAUUCUGAUAAUCCUGAUAGCCAUGUAAUCUUUUUAAAAGGUGCAAUAAAAUGUAAAUUCGAUUUCUCCUUCA